GAAUUUGUCAGUAUUGUCACUGCUCUAUAGUCUCUGCUUGGCUACAAUGAAAGAAGUGGUCGUGUUUGUGUAAAUGAUUGUGGAACAAAGAAUUUACAAGACGAAUUAAAUGAGGCUCGGCAGAGUAUCGCUGUUUAACAUUACUCAUGAGUACGGAAGAGACUCUGUUGAACUUCGAUUUCGACAAGCCGCACAAUCCAAUUACGCUGCCGGAUGACGGCGUGGUAUCUCUGUCCAGUAGUGUUGAGGAGAUUUGUUUAGUGCCAGAGGUCGGUUUCGAGGGCAACGUGGAUUCCCCGGGGGUCAACCGAGAGUCGCAGCCGCUCCUAGGCGGCCGUGGCGACUUUGAAGUGUCCUACAACCAUUUUCCAGAUGACCCACAGUUCAGUGAGCUGGUAUGGCAGGCGGAAGUGGCCAUCGACAACAACAUUUUCCCAGAGAGGAUAUACCAGGGUUCCAGCGGCUCCUAUUUCGUCAAGAACCCUGGUGGAAAAAUAAUAGGCGUAUUCAAACCAAAAGACGAGGAGCCCUACGGCCGGCUAAAUCCAAAAUGGACGAAAUGGAUGCACAAGCUGUGUUGCCCCUGCUGCUUCGGGAGGUCCUGUCUCAUCCCCAACCAGGGGUACCUCUCGGAGGCCGGAGCUAGUCUCGUCGACACCAAGAUUGGUCUCAAAGUCGUGCCAAAGACUAGGGUGGUGAAGCUGGUAUCGGAAACGUUCAACUACUUGCGGAUAGACCGGGAGCGCUCGCGGCUCAAGCGAGCCAUCACCGAGCAGUUUCCUAACCUGCGGUUCAACAGGAUGGGCCUCCCGCCUAAGGCGGGAUCAUUCCAGCUGUUUGUGGAGGGGUAUAAGGACGCGGACUACUGGCUGCGGCGCUUCGAGCAGGACCCGCCGCCCGCGCACGUCAUGAGGAAAUUCCAGCUACAGUUUGAACGACUCGUCGUUUUAGAUUACAUCAUAAGGAACACGGAUCGCGGUAACGAUAACUGGUUGAUCAAAUACGACGCGCCGCAGACCACGCCGCGGGGAGAUAUCGACAUGACCGACCCUAGCAAUUGGCAGACGCCGGAAGUGUCGAUAGCGGCCAUCGACAACGGUCUGGCAUUUCCGUUCAAGCACCCCGACUCGUGGCGAGCCUACCCCUACCACUGGGCCUGGCUGCCGCAAGCCAAGCUGCCUUUCUCGCAGGAGACCAAAGAGCUAGUACUUCCGUUAUUAUCAGACAUGAACUUCGUCCAGGAACUUUGUGAUGAAUUAAAUUUAUUAUUCAAACAAGACAAAGGGUUCGACAAGGGCCUGUUCGAGCGACAGAUGUCCGUGAUGCGCGGGCAGGUGCUCAACCUCACGCAGGCGCUCAAGGACAACAAGAGCCCCGUGCAGCUAGUGCAGAUGCCCGCCGUCAUCGUGGAGAGGUCCAAAAGCGGGUCGACGUCGUCUCGGUUCUUCGACUCGUUCCAGCAGCGCUUCCAGCACAAAUCGCCCUUCUUCUCCUGGUGGUAGCGACCUAAACAAAUGGUGAUAAUACGCGGUGAAGCUAUUAGUAAAACAAUUGUAUGUAUAUUUAUGUAUGUUAAUGUUAAUUAGUGCAUAUUAAUAUAAAUUAGGUACUGCUGAAUUUAUGUAACUUAAUUUAUGCUAUAAUUUUAUAUUAAUUUACAAUUUGUAUACAUUGGCACGGUGCCUAUCUUUUGAUUUAAAUAUUGGUUUCCUAAUGUAAAAUUUGUGACAUUUUGAAUUGUCAUUUAUUUCCUGAAACCUGGUUAUUUGUGACAGGUUUACUAAUAAUAAAGAGUUAUUGAUAGAGACGUCAAAUCUAAGAAAUAGAUGUGCUACCUAGUUUGACAGCCGUAACAGAUGGCGCUGUACUGUGCCUUUGUUUUUUGUGUGGCCACUGAAUUGUCAAACAACAAUUUUUGGCAAUCAAAGCUGCCGAAUAUUGUAUGAAGCCGUAAAGCGCCAUCUGCAUCAGCUGUCAAAUUCGAGGCACGCAUAUGUCUUAGACUUUACAUAUCUUACACAAUCAAUGGAUCUUUGCUAAUAAUAAAUAAAUUAUUCUAGGAAAUAAUCAAUUGAAAUUUAGUAACUGCAUAAUUGGGGGAACAAAAUUCGGAGAUUGAUAGGAAUUGAAUGUUACUAACGUUAUUACAUAUUUUACUCGACCCAAAGUACUGACUAUUAAGUCUUAAAUACGGAUAAGGUCAAUACGGAUAAUUGUGGCUGACUGUCACAUUGGGACCUGUUUACACAUUAAUUAGUGUUUCAUUAUUAUUCACAACGACGAGACUUAGUGCCAGUUGCACCAUCCGCACUUGACAGACUGAUUAACGUCACCGGGCGCGCCGCGGCGGUUUACCAUGAAACUUUCCAUACAAUAAAAUUUAGCGAACUCUUUAACGAUGACAAACAGUUUUUUGCAACCGACCCUUAAUCGCGUAAUUUAAGUUUUAAAUUUACGCCGUCCUAGAAACCUCGGAGGUAAAUUUAAAACUUAUUUUACGCGAUCAAGUCCCGUCGUUGUGAAUAAUAAUGAGUAAAAAUCGUGACAGUUUAAAUCAGUGUUUUAAUUAGUGUUUAUUGAGAGUCCAUGCAUUUGCAACUUGCUUUUAGUGGCAAAUGUAUGCACAUAUGUAUUAGCCUUACAUAUUUUACUCGACGCAAAGUACUGGACUAUUAAGUCCUAGAAUUCUAGUUAUCGAAAGAUCAUAGAGCAAACUUUAUUAAUUUUUUCUAUAAAAAUCUCAUUUACUUAUUCGUCCAGUUCCAGUGCUUAGGGUGGUAUUCCAUCUGUCCAAUAUCUUGGUCCAAUAUGUAUUUUGCGUCUCACAUCUUGCUUAAUGAGAGAGUGAGACGCAAUACACAUUGGACCAAGAUUUUGAGCAGAUGGAAUACCAACCUUACGCCACAGAAUAAAUAAUAGUACUAGGUACAGAAGAUUCACUCUAACAAAACGGAACUAUUACGACAGAUAUGACCGCUAGGUCGCGCAAGCGCGAGCAGGCGUCCGUUCCGUAGCGGUGCGCGGCAACUACUAUGGCUAGACACCAAAAUUGGUGUGGGCCGCGUGUACUUGUAGCGACGCGACGAAAUCGCGGAGUGAGCCACGCCUGCUAACGCACUAAAUAUUUCCAUCAUAAACUUGCAUUAAGCAGCUUGGUACUUUUUUUUUAUUUAACUAGAUCUAAAACAAUACUCCACAAACAGUGGUACAGUACAAAGUGUAUGUUUUAAAGUUUUUUUUUAAAAUCAGCAGUACUACGUAUAAACAUUUGUUUUUUAUCAGUACAGUAAUGAGUUAGGGGUCAUGUUUUGGCCAAAACUAGUCGAAUGUAUUUUUUCUGAGAUAUUUUUUAUAUUUUACUUUCGUAUUACAACAAAAGUAAUAAUACUUCAAAACAAAUUCGUCUCCAUUAAGUAAUAAAUUGAGAAUCUAACUCAGUUUUAACUAUACCUCAAAUAUAUUAGAUUAUUUUAAACCGGGUCACUCACGUAUUAUUAAGUCGAAUAGCUCGACAUGUUUCGAUCCAAUUUACGAGGACCGUCUUCACGGGGACACGACACGUCUUCACUGGUCGAGGGCGCGGCGUGUACUGCGGCCCAAGACGGUCCUCGUAAAUUGGACCGAAACAUGUCGAGCUAUUCGACUUAAUAAUACGUGAGUGACCCGGUUUAAAAUAAUUUAAUACCUCAAAUAUUUAACGAUAAUGAAUAGACGAUUUGUAAAGGACACCUAAACGUUGUAUCGACAUUUAAUUAGGAAUCAAUAGUUCGAGAUUACCGGCGUUAGUAUAAUAAAACAAGUAAAUUAUUUGAUUAUUAUAAAUACUAGCCCAAGUUUUAAUCGAAUCACAUACUAUACAGCAAAAAACCGAUUUGUAAAGUGUAUAUUUAGUGUACGUCCUAUAGUAUAAUAUAAGCAAAUUUCUAGUAAAAAACAACAUUGAGAAGGCGAAAUCAAAUAUUUUAUGUCAACUUCGCUUAAUAAUUUAUUUUUAUUUCCUUGUGUAAAUUAUACAAGACUCAAAUAUGUUUAUUUUUGUAGCUUUUUUUGUACAUUACCUAUUUUUAUUUUUGUAUAAAUCACGAGCAUGUAUAACAUUAAGUAACAUGCUAAAACUAUUGCUUGUAUUGUACUAUAGCUGUCCAUUUAGUUUUAGUUUAAGGAUUUGUUAAAGUUUGUCUAUGGCUUGCCUAUUUAUUUCGAUCUUUGGUCAUAGCUCAUAGUACAAAAUGUGUUAUUCAAUAUAUGAAUAUUUGGUUAC